UCACUUGCAACAGUUUUGUGCCUUCAGUUCUGGGGCAGAAAGUCCAAAUCAAGCAGCCAUGGCACUGAGAGCGUCGCUAACUUUGCUUUGUUCACUAUCCGUCUUGUCCUCCUCUGGAGCUCAGGAAACUAUUCUUCUGAACUGUAGCUCAGGAACUCAGGUCUUUGAGCGUCUCUCAGCUGAUCUAAAGAUGGCAGCAGAGUGUGGUGAGAAGCCCCCUUCGCAGUGGAGCGCUCAUCAGAGAGCUGAACUGCUGAACUACAUGAGGAAUCUGACCGAAACGCUGCACAAACACCAGCUGAAAGAAUGCCAGGAUGCCGAGCCAAAGGAGUGUCGCCAUGCUGAAGUUCCCAGUAAUGGGGGGCUGGUGUGUGUCACAGUUGCCUACAAGCGCUACUGCAAACCUCUGUGCAAUUCUGGUUAUGAUUUUAGUUUCUUAAGAAGGAGUCGCUUGUUUGAUGAAUGCAGCAAGCAAACGGGAUACAUGUGGAAUAGUCAGUACAUAGGCAACAAACUGGCCGUGUGCAACGAAGCACCUAUCCAGAUUUCUGGAGAAAGUUCUGCAUAUUUUCCAAAAGAUCAGGAUUGUCUUACAACCAAGAGCAACAGCCAGCUGAGUAACAGCGUCAUUGAAGUUUUUACCACUGAGCUGAAGAGUCGGGGGAUACCUGCAGAGCCACAGCUUGCAUGUCUUGUGUGUGGAUGAGUGUCAUGUGGACAAAAGGAGAGAAGCAGAAAAUACUUUGGCCAUGUCAACAAUUAAAUAAAGUCUUUUUGAACACA